CUGCUCAGGUCAUCAUUGCAACAAGUAGGGGAGCCUCCAACUGCUGCAUGCAUAUCCAUUAGCAAUUAUUAAUUGCUCCGCCCCGGACGCCAACUCCAACUCCAUUCCAUCGCCUCCCUCCCCUCCACCACCUAAACCCAAAAACAAUUCCAGCAACCGCAGCGACGAGGCGGAGGCGGAGCCAACUCCCCUACAGCGGCGACGACAAAGUCUCCGGCGGAAACCCUAGCAGGCCGAGCGCGCAAUGGCGGAGGACGGCGAGAAGGCCGCGCCGCCCGCUGCGGCGUCAGCUGCGGCGGCCGCGGACGGAGGAGGAGCAGCAGGGAAGGGAGGAGGCAGCGAGGAGCAGAGCGUGAAGCUCUUUGUGGGGCAGGUGCCCAAGCACAUGACGGAGGCCGAGCUGCUCGCCAUGUUCCGGGAGGUGGCCGCCGUCGACGAGGUCACCGUCAUCAAGGACAAGGUCACUAAGGUCUCCAGAGGGUGCUGCUUCCUCAUAUGCCCCACAAGGGAACAAGCUGACAAGGCGGUGAAUGCCUACCACAACAAGCACACGCUCCCUGGGGCAUCAAGUCCUUUGCAAGUAAAAUAUGCUGAUGGAGAGUUGGAGAGGCUGGAACACAAGCUUUUCAUUGGAAUGCUUCCGAAAAAUGUUACGGAUACUGAGUUGACUGAUCUGUUUUCCAAACAUGGAAAUAUCAAGGAUUUACAAAUUUUGAGAGGUUCACAGCAAACAAGCAAAGCUGGCUGCGCCUUCCUUAAAUAUGAGACAAAAGAACAAGCAUUGGCAGCCAUUGAGGCUCUAAAUGGGAAGCACAAAAUAGAGGGUUCUAGUGUGCCAUUGGUUGUCAAAUGGGCCGAUACAGAAAAGGAAAGACAGGCUAGGAAAGCACAAAAAGCUCAACUACAGUUAUCUAAUAUGCCCAAUGCAAGUCCUAUGCAGCAAUCUUCACUAUUUGGAGCUCUACAGAUGGGAUAUAUGCCUCAAUAUAAUGGAUUUGGUUACCAGCCACCAGGGACAUACGGACUUAUGCAGUACCCUUUAUCACCUAUGCAAAAUCAAGGUCCCUUCCAAAACAUGGUUCAACCUGUUAAUCAAGGAAACUCAAUAAGAGGAGUCAACCCUGAACUGUCCCCCAGUUCAGUUCAAAGGUCAUUUAAUGCAAUGCAGUUAGGCAGCCCUUAUCCUCCUAUUCCUGGUAUGCAGUAUCCUGGAUCAUAUCCUGGUGGUCUCAUGAACAAUCGUCCUUUUGGAAAUUCUCACAAUUCGAUUAAAGUUCCAAAUUCGAAUGCCACUUCUGCCAUAUCUACUAGUCCCAGAAGCAAUACUGGUGGGCAGAUCGAAGGUCCUCCUGGAGCCAAUCUAUUUAUUUAUCAUAUCCCACAAGACUAUGGUGACCAAGAACUUUCAAGUGCGUUUCAGAGUUUUGGUAGAGUACUAAGUGCUAAGGUGUUUGUAGACAAAGCAACGGGUGUCAGCAAAUGCUUCGGUUUUGUGAGCUACGAUUCUCCAGCUUCUGCACAGGCAGCCAUCAGUAUGAUGAACGGUUUCCAGUUAGGCGGUAAGAAACUCAAAGUACAACUCAAGAGAGAAAACAACAAGCAUAGUAAACCCUAUUGACAAAAGCAGCAGUUGUUGUGACCAUACGGCGCGAUCAGGUUCCCGGUACAUAUUUGUCAGAUAAUUGAUCGUUUACCACAUUGUUUCCUUCAUCUGCUCCCUCCCAAGCAGCCAGUCAGCCCUUCAGACUCGGGGAGCCCAGUGUAUCGUUCUUUGUUCAGUUCACAUUCUUGAAAGAUCGUCACGUUGUGUAAUUCAUUGCAGCAUAGUCGGUAGCAUUUGUACCAUCAGAUCACUUGUACACAAGACUGCCAAUUCAUUCAAUUGUUACCUUUUCCAACUGACAAAUGGCUAAUUCUCUGUGAUUCGCGUCAUUUCC